AACCAUAUAAAAAUUAUAGAACAAGCAAGCAACUUGGAAGAGAGAGAGAGAGAGAGAAGGAAGUUGUGCUUGUUGUGGGGGUUUGACUUGCGAAAUUGGAAGAUCUGUUUUGCUGCUCCUUUUAUUCGUCCUCUUGUCUGGAACCAGAAAAAGACGCCCCAUCGUCCUAAUUCCCAAACACCCAACAACACUUUUUCUCUUCAGCACACGCCUCACAAAUUCACUGUCUCUUUCCUUCUUUCUCUUUCUUUCUCUAGCUCACGAAUCUUAUCAAUCAACAAACACAGAUUCAAUCUCAUGAUUAGUCUGAGAGAUGAGGCUUAGAUUGAAGAAAUGGGUUGUGUGUUUGGGCGAGAGAUAUCAUCAUCAUCAGGGACAGUCUCGGAGUCUAAGAGGAGGGAUAUAAGUGUAGAAUCCACCACAAGAAAAGUAGAUGAGGAUUCAGUAGAGAAAGUCGAGAAUAACAAUGGUGUUGAGAUUCUUGAUGGUGGGACCCAGGCCCAGAAGGAGAAAAAGGGCGAUGGGGUGCAGACUCAGAGGCCUCCAAAAGGAGAAAGAAGGAGGUCCAAGCCUAAUCAAAGGCUGAGUAAUGUGCCGAAGCAUUCACGGGGUGAGCAGGCAGCUGCUGGUUGGCCCGCCUGGCUCACGGACACUUGUGGCGAGGCUCUCAGCGGGUGGAUUCCGCGGAGGGCGGACACCUUCGAGAAGAUUGAUAAGAUUGGAUCAGGUACAUACAGUAAUGUUUACAAGGCUAAAGAUAUGUUGACGGGUAAAAUUGUUGCUCUAAAGAAGGUUAGAUUUGACAAUUUGGAGCCCGAGAGUGUAAAAUUUAUGGCGAGAGAAAUUCUGCUUUUGCGGAGACUGAAUCAUCCCAAUGUUGUAAAGUUGGAGGGUUUGGUUACCUCGAGGAUGUCAUGUAGUUUGUAUCUGGUGUUCGAGUACAUGGAACAUGAUUUAGCUGGACUUGCCGCAAGCCCGGAAAUUAAAUUCACAGAGGCUCAGGUCAAAUGUUAUAUGCAUCAACUACUAUCUGGUCUUGAACACUGUCACAAUCGCCAUGUGCUUCACCGCGACAUUAAAGGAUCGAAUCUUCUUAUUGAUAAUGAAGGAGUACUUAGGAUUGCUGACUUUGGAUUGGCUUCUUUCUUUGAUCCGAACCACAAGCAUCCCAUGACUAGUCGAGUAGUGACUUUAUGGUAUCGACCUCCAGAGCUUCUUCUUGGGGCUACUGAUUAUGGUGUGGGUGUGGACCUGUGGAGUGCGGGUUGCAUUUUGGCAGAGUUGCUGGCUGGGAAACCCAUAAUGCCUGGUCGUACAGAGGUGGAGCAACUACAUAAAAUAUACAAACUAUGUGGUUCACCCUCUGAUGAAUACUGGAAAAAGGCAAAGCUGCCUAAUGCAACCUUAUUUAAGCCCCGAGAGCCAUACAGAAGAUGCAUAAAAGAAACAUUUAAAGAUUUCCCGCCAUCUUCACUCCCCCUUAUUGAAACUCUUCUUGCAAUUGAUCCAGCAGAACGUAAGACAGCUACAGAUGCUUUAAGAAGUGAGUUCUUCACAACAGAGCCUUAUGCUUGUGAACCUUCUAGCCUUCCAAAGUAUCCACCAACGAAGGAAAUAGAUGCUAAACGUAGGGAUGACGAAGCUAGAAGACUAAGAGCUGCUAGUAAAGCCCAGGCUGAAAACACAAAGAAAUCACGAUCACGUGAUCGUGCUGUCAGAGCUGUCCCCGCCCCAGAGGCCAAUGCCGAGCUUCAAGCUAAUAUUGAUAGGCGGCGUCUGAUUACGCAUGCAAACGCAAAGAGCAAAAGCGAAAAGUUUCCUCCACCACACCAGGAUGGGGCAGUUGGCUUUCCUUUGGGAUCUUCACAUCACAUUGAUCCCACCAUUGUUCCUUCUGAUGUCCCUUACAGUUCCUCGUUCACUUACUCGAAAGGACCAGUUCAAACUUGGUCAGGUCCAUUGGUAGACUCGACUGGGGUUGGCGCACCAAGACGGAAGAAGCAUACUGCAGGUCAAUCUGGGGCUCACAAAGAUAAACAUGACGAUGCUCGGGUUAAAGGAAAGAGGGCCGUGGCUUAGACUCAUACCUUGCAGACGUUGAGAAUCUCAUUUUUGGUCUUUUGGAUGCCUCUGCUGAGUUUACUGUGGGGAGUUAAUUGGUACUUGUUGCUAGUUGCAAUGAGUCAAAUCAUCACAGCUUCUCACAGGAGAGCCCGAGAGUGUAAUCUUUUCGCCAAAAAGUGUAGGGUCAAAAACAAUUUUUCUAUUUUUACCCCUUUUUUUGUCUUUCAUAGUUCCUUCUUUUUUACCUCUCUCCCUCAUCUCAAAGAAAAUUCUUUUUUUGCUCAAUUUGUUGGAUGUUGAGACUGUGCCUCUAAUAUGUAUAUCUUGAUUCUUUGGGGAUUGUGGUAUUGAAAACUAUAACACUUCUCUGAAAAUAGUGAAGGUAUUUUAUAUGUGUUGGAGAAGCUCCUUCAUGCUUCCUUUAUUUUGUUUAAA